GGUGGUGAGGAGAGAUCAGAGAGAGAGCAGGCAGGGGGUGGACAGAGAGACCAACUGACUGGAGGGAGGGACAGUGACCCCAUGGCAUCUUUACGCCUUCAGCUGAAACUUGUAAUAAUUUCUUUCAGCGGAAGGGCCAAACCAUCCCCAGAGAGAACGAAACAGAGGUGAAGCAGGGACAGAGGGAUGGAUAUCCAUGAUCAGGGAGGAGAUGGAGGAGGAGGAGAUGGAGGAGAUGGAGGAGGAGGAGGGAGGGAGGGAGUGAUGGAAGACAAGAAGGACGUCAGCGACAGCAACAAGCGGACCAAAGACCAGCGGAACAAGGCAGAGCGAGGAGAGAAGGAGGUGGAGAAGGAGGGCAGCGAGAAGGGGGAGGGCCGGAGGGAGGGCCGGCGCUCCCGCUCCAUGUGGAAGGGAGGCAGCGCUCUGACGGAGCGGCUCGCCAUCAACGUGUCUGGGAUGCGCUACGAGACCCAGCUCCGCACGCUGGCCCAGUUCCCCGACUCGCUCCUCGGCGACCCCCGACGGCGCCUGCGCUACUUCGACCCCCUGCGGAACGAGAUGUUCCUGGACCGGAACCGGAUCUGCUUCGACGCCAUCCUCUACUUCUACCAGUCUGGCGGGCGUCUGCGCCGGCCGGCCAACGUGCCCCUGGACGUGUUCAUGGAGGAGCUGCGCUUCUACGAGCUGGGGGAGGACAUCAUGACGCGCUUCAAGGAGGACGAAGGCUUCCCCAAGGUGGAGGAGAGGCCUCUGCCGGAGAACGCGGUGAUGCGACGGCUCUGGGUGCUGUUCGAGCACCCGGAAUCGUCCGGCGGAGCGCGCAUCAUCGCCAUCAUCAGCGUCAUGGUCAUCGUGGUGUCCAUCAUCAUCUUUUGCCUGGAGACGCUGCCGGAGUUCAGGAACGAGAAGGAGCUCAGGGAGGUCAGGUGACUGUGUGUGUGUCUGUUUUGGGUCUUGUUAACUAUCCUUGUGGGGAUCAGAAGAUAGUAUAACCAGUAAAACCAAGAAGUGGGUUGGGAUCCUGCACUUCAAAGGGCUAUUUCCAGUUUUGUUUGUAGGUGUUUAGGGUGAGGGUUGGAAAUAGAGUUAGGGUUAGAAUUCCAUUAAGGGUUAAGGGUUAAGGCUAAGGUUAAGGUUUGGGGUUAAGGAUAGCACCAUUUUGCAUGGGACUGAAUUGUUGGACUUCACUUGGAUAGAAACUUGGAUAGAAACCUGUGUGUGUGUGGAUGAGUGUAAACCAAACAAACACAAAAGACGAGAGAUAAACAAAGAUUAAAACAUGGCAGAGCAGAGAUGUUUCCCCCGUGGUGACGAUGAUCAUCUGGAAGCUGGAGGGAACCAGACAGAGAUACAUUCACAUUUGAUUCAUUUAAACAGAAACUUUCAUCCAAAGCGAUAUGC